CAUCGGCCUCACCUCCCUCGACUCUUACCUGCCACUUCCGUCCGCCGUCAUGUCUGCUGGUGCCAACGACGUUUUGUCCUGGACUGCUCAGGACCCCCGUCAGAGCCAACUCUUCAGCUCCUGGGGUGUGGUAUACCGCUUCCAUACGGAAACAAAUGGACAGGGCGUCAGCGUCACCACCGUGUGGCGAGCAAUUCGUGCGAACAAAGAGGACCGUGUUGCCAAACUCGAAUGGGCGCCCAACGGAGGUCUAGGACGCGCCGUCAUCGGAAAGAAUACCCUACCUAUGGGUGACCUUGUCCGUAGAGAGCCACGCAUCCCUGACUGCAGAGUUUUCAACGGCCCGGACGGGUUCUUGUAUCGUUGGAGGCCUAGUACAAAUAAUUCGGACACUGUGCUGCAAGACCCCAACGGCAGUAUCAUUGCUUUCAUCCGCCCCACUCGACCUGUUUCAUACCCCGGUUUCGGCGACGUUUACGCAGAGUUACACUACGUCCGUUCUGCAGGUGCAGGUGUUGUGAUGCAUCCACCACUCAUGGACACAGUCACCGUCACGGCCAUGCUCUACCGAUUCGCCCAGAUGUACAACCUAUGAGUUUCCUCGUCUUGACUUUUUUAGGGUCGUGGCACGAACGUUUCUCGCCAUGAACCAGACGGAGGGCAGGCCCGCCGGUGACUGUAAGCUUGUACAGAUCUCUCAUUUGCUGUGGUGUCCGCGCAUACUUCUUUCUCUGUCAUCCAUCCAUCUCUCUCUCUCUCGCUAUAUCCAUUCGCGCUGCUAUUUGAUUUGUGUACGUAUGGGGGUGCAUGUGUAAGAGUACGAGUACCAGUCUUGCUUGCUUGCGAAACACAUCUUUUAUCUCA